AGAUUAGUUUUUCAUUGUUACGCAUUGCGUUUAAAUCAUUUUAGCGAUGGAUCUGUUCAUGCGCAGAUACCUUUAUUCUGUGUUUAGAUGACUUUCAACACAGGCGUAAAGUGAGUGAUGAGUCCUGUCCCCAGCAAAGAGGCAAGAACUUGCUUUGCAGACUGAGUAGUUGUUCUUUCGAUUGUUAUUGUCGCUUUUUUAAAUUUUAUUUUUUCCGCAAACUUGUUCGCGAUUGCUUUGAAAGUGGUAAAAAAGUGCUUUGAAAGUCCAAACAUGGAACUACAGGGCCUACAAGAGGCGUUGAAAGUGGAAAUCCAGUGUCAUCAGAAACUAGUUGCACAGAUGAAGCAAGACCCACAGAACGGUGAUCUUAAGAAACAACUCCAUGAAAGGCAAUCAAGAAUUACAGCUCUUAGUGAGAAACAAAAACUUGCAGUAAGAAGUUGCCCUGUUGGGAACACCAAACCCAUUUCCCUUAUCAAGCCACCUAACCAGAGCUUAACAAUUUCAGUGGUACCAGCAAAGACUCCUGUAUCUAUGGUUACUGCACAUAUUAAUGGACAGAAGGCAGCCAGUGCUGAGCCACCACAGACAGCACCAAUCAACUUGCAGACAGCGAAUAAGAUGAUGGGAAGUGGCCUGAACUCCAUGGGAAGGAGAGUUGCUGAGAUAUCAAGUUCACAGAUGUUAGGAACCAUCUCAGCAGUGCCCCUCAAGGUUCCUCAGGUCAGUUCACUGCACCGUCUUGCAGGACAGGGACCUACAGUUCUACCUCAGGUAAGGCCAAAGACCAUGAUUCCUGACAGCCUCCCAAUUACACCGUGCCGAGACCAACCAUCCAGUCAGCCUCAGACCUUCCAGAAAGCCACCGUGGUCAGUAUCAAGAAUCCAGCCCUGCCUGUUUCUAACAACACUGUCAACCAUGUGCAGCUGCCAAAUGGCUUGUCAACAUCAGCGGUCAUCCCUGAUGCCCCCAGCGUCUCUCCCUCCCUUAGUACAGCGGGUGUAGCCUAUGCUAUCAUCUCUACUUCACCUGGUAAUAGCACGCCCCUUACUUCCAGCACAGGCAUGUCUGUGGUCAAUGAUGCCAUCAAAGUGCAACCACUGCUCAUCAGUGCAGAAAGCAAGGUAAUAAUAAUUCAGCCACAAGUGCAAAAUCAACACCAGCCUGAGAUUAAAGUUGAACCCAAGAAAUCUUCAGAAGAGCUUUUUCAGGGACCCCCUCUGCUAGCCAAAAAGAAAAAAGAGGACGAUCCAGAGAAAAUUGCCUUCAUGGUAGCACUUGGCUUGGUUACAACAGAACAUUUGGAAGAAAUCCAAAGUAAGAGACAGGAACGGAAACGGCGAAGCACAGCCAAUCCGGCCUACAGUGGGUUGUUUGAACCAGAGCGUAAGCGACUUGCUUCCAACUGUAUGAAUAAUCCUCUGUUCCUAACAAGAGCCAAUGAGGAUCAUUGUUGGAAGGAUGACAUUAUUCAUGAUGAUCACUGUGCUGUAUGUAAAGAAGAAGGUGAUCUGCUGCUGUGUGACAGCUGCUCAAGAGCCUAUCACCCCAGCUGCAUCGAGCCCCCUCUAAAGAUGCCCUCAAAAGGAUUGUGGGUUUGUCCUAAGUGCCAGAAAAAGGUCGUUAACAAAGAUGAACGGUCAUGGCCUGAGAACCUGACUGCUGUCCACUCCUAUCUCACCCUCAAAGCAGCAAAAGAGGAGGAGAAAAGGAAAUUGCUGAAGAGAAGCAGUGAACUGAAGAUUGAGUACAAACAACUAGAGGAGCAGGAUCGUCAGUUGAGCAACUCACUCACAAAAUGUAUGGAUUUGAAAAACAGCCUGGUAGCUCGACAGAAAGGCACUCAGGCCUCCCUUGAACGGCUAAAAGCGCUGAUCAGACUCAUUCAAAGGGACCAGGUGAUCCAAGUAACAAUGACUGCCACCACCACAGUAGCCACCUCACUCUUAACCAUCCCGUGGAUUAAACCUGCUGCCACCGUGGGACCCACUCCCUCUGCUCCCAGCAAUGUUCAGAAAAUCUUACCCACAGCAAUGGAUAACAACUGACCCUUCCAUUAACCCCAGAGCCUUCGCCCAAAACUAACAAAUGAACAGUGAAGCAGUCCUUUUUAAAAGGCUUCUGGAGAUUAAAGAACAUUUUUUAUAUCCUGAAAUACCAUAGAAACUUAACUUCAAACAAAUUACUAACCAAUGCAGUUUGUAGAGAGCAGCUGUGGCACAAAUAUAUCCCACAAGCAGCUCGAAAAAUGCAUAUUUUGUAAUGCCAACACCUUCAGUGCUUAAGAGAUUUUUUUUUUAAUUCUUGGCCUUAAUGUAUUUAUGGAUUUUAAAAAAAGACAAAAAUAGAAAAAUGGCCAAUAGAUAAACAAUGAAAAAAACUAGUAUUCUGUAUGGAAGUUUUUUUUAUUUUGUUUUCUGGUGGUGAUUUGGGUUAAGAAAACAAGGUCUGCAUAUAGUGAGAAACAAACUAGUUACAAUACAUGUAGAGGUAGUUUAAAAAGAAAAUAAUUAUAUAAAAAAAAUAUAAAGAUGAAUCCAAUAAUAAUUGGACCUCUGUAGAAUAUAUCCGACUAGGAACAUGUACACUGUCCGCCAUAUUAAUUCAGGUGAAAGUGGGUCAAAGAAAUUGUUUUUCAUUGUGUAUGAAUCUUAAAGAGCCUUCAAACAAAAAAAAUAAUAAUUUUUCAGUAUUAUAGUUUAGAACUUCAGAUAUUUAAAAAGAUAACACUGUACGGAAUUCUGCAUUUCUAUUGAUAAAAUGAAGUAUUUUCCUGUUGAUGCUUGUUGAUUACUAAAACUGAAGUAUUAGAAGAGGGAUCGCUGAAAGACUGUCUAUUUUAAUUUAUUUUGGACGGUCCUUACUUCUUAUCUGCUUUUGAUGUAUUUUUUUUAAAUACAUAUAUUUUGUGAGAGAAAUACUACUAUUUCCCAGCAUUUGGAAUGGUGGAUAAUAUUUGGAAAGUGUGUUUUUUGUUUUAUUUAUUUAUUUGUUUGUUUACGUCUCUUUGAUAUAUUUUUUACUUGUGGAAAAAAAAAUGACUUCAUUUGCCAGUACAGACAAAUAUGCCAAAAAAAGUACCUUUGUACUGUCAUUACAUUCAUUUAUAGUUGUAAAAUAUUAGUACUAUACAGUUUCUACUAUUGAUAUUGUGUACUUUCCAAAUAAUAUCUACUAAAUGCUGCAAAAAACAAACAAUGUCUGUGGCUUAUAUAUCAGUUUUGUUUUAUUUUUUGGUUCUACUAGGGCUGCAAAACUGAGAAUUGCGGUUUACUGAAACUGUAUUUUUUUUUCUUACUUUCUGCCCAUUUUACUGGGAUAGUGUGGAGAAAA